AUGGGGCCAGAGACACCCAAGAUGGCAGAGGCACCAAGCUCUGCAACACGAGGCUGGACACUGUUGCAGCCUGACUCAGCAGGCCCUAAAGCCGAAGCAACAAACACUCUGGGAGCCAUAAUUGACAACUUUUGGGCCAUGCUGCUCGACAGGGCAAGGCAAGCGAAGGCCACACAGGAGCCUGACAAGGGAGAGCAAGUACGCAACAGGGAGCAGCCUGGGAGGCUGCCUACAAGCCGACAGUUUUCCCGCACUACUCCACCCACACUGAAGCGACAAAAGCUGCGGAAACAACGCUACCCGCUGAGACACCGAGAUGCGGACAGACGUCCUGCCCACCGCUGCCGUAAAACACCAAGCCCCAAAGCGCCACAACCUGUCCUAAGCUACACGGAGAAACCAACAUGGCCACCUCUGAGCUGCCCCCCAUGCCGCCCGAAGCUGGGGAACCCCUUACCAAGCCAGAGAGCUGCCGCCUGGAUGAUCACCAACGUGCUGGACAGUCCGGUAAACCCUGUGGGCAUCGGCUGA